UGUUCGGCAUAUUUCGGCAAGGCAGCGCACUCCAGGGUGUCACGGACGCUCAGAGAUUGUGUGACGUGGUACUCAGAUUUUUGCAGUGCUGGGCCCUGCCAGUGAAAGGAAGCGCAGUGGUGGCAGGCUGUUUGUAUUUCUGAGCGCAACCUUAAGAAAGCAAAGACGGGUUACACGCAGACUGGCGCUACGAGAGGGAAAAAGCGCAACGAAGGGGGAAAAGACAGGCAGUCGGCUGUCGGUGUGUUUUUUCUUUCGAAAGAAGUGCAUCCUGACACAUACAAAUACUGUGGAAUAGGGCUAUCAGAUUAGCAGCAAGUAACGUUUACCUAUUCAGAUUAAAAAUACUGUCCUUAAAGGAAAAAUUAAUUUGGAUGCAAACAAUCAGAAUUGUUAAGGACACAUCAUGAAUAGAAAUAAGCGUGAGAAAGAAUUCUACAGUUUGGAUGUUGGAGACUCAACUUUCACAGUUUUAAAACGCUAUCAGAAUUUGAGACCUAUUGGUUCUGGAGCACAGGGAAUUGUCUGCUCUGCAUAUGAUCACAUCCUUGAAAGAAAUGUUGCGAUUAAGAAGCUUAGUCGUCCUUUUCAAAACCAAACCCAUGCAAAGAGAGCUUACAGAGAGUUGGUGCUAAUGAAAUGUGUCAAUCAUAAAAACAUUAUUGGCCUUUUAAAUGUAUUUACUCCACAAAAAUCCCUGGAAGAAUUUCAGGAUGUUUACCUGGUGAUGGAGCUGAUGGAUGCCAAUCUGUGCCAAGUAAUUCAGAUGGAGCUAGACCAUGAACGUUUAUCUUAUCUUCUUUAUCAGAUGCUUUGUGGAAUCAAACACCUUCACGCAGCAGGAAUCAUACACAGGGAUUUGAAACCUAGUAAUAUCGUAGUGAAGUCUGACUGUACAUUGAAGAUUCUUGAUUUUGGACUCGCCAGGACAGCUGCUACUGGUUUAUUGAUGACACCUUAUGUGGUCACACGUUAUUACAGAGCACCUGAGGUCAUACUUGGAAUGGGUUACCAAGCCAAUGUUGAUGUCUGGUCAAUUGGCUGCAUCAUGGCAGAAAUGGUCAGAGGUAGUGUGUUGUUUCCUGGCACUGAUCAUAUUGAUCAAUGGAAUAAAGUUAUUGAACAGUUAGGAACACCUUCACAAGAAUUUCUGAUGAAACUCAAUCAAUCUGUUAGAACAUAUGUAGAAAACAGACCCAGAUAUGCUGGCUAUAGUUUUGAAAAGCUUUUUCCAGAUGUCCUUUUCCCUGCAGAUUCAGAGCACAACAAACUUAAAGCCAGCCAAGCAAGAGAUUUGUUAUCUAAAAUGCUCGUCAUUGAUGCUUCCAAAAGAAUAUCUGUUGAUGAAGCUCUUCAGCACCCUUACAUCAAUGUCUGGUAUGAUCCUUCUGAAGUCGAAGCACCUCCGCCAAUAAUUACUGAUAAACAGUUAGAUGAAAGAGAACAUACAGUUGAAGAAUGGAAAGAAUUAAUUUACAAAGAAGUACUUGAGUGGGAAGAAAGAACAAAAAAUGGUGUAAUUCGAGGGCAGCCAGCUUCUUUAGGUGCAGCAAUGAUCAAUGGCUCCCAGCAUCCAUCAUCAUCUUCAUCAGUCAAUGAUAUAUCCUCAAUGUCAACAGACCCCACAUUGGCUUCAGAUACUGACAGCAGCUUAGAAACGUCAGCUGGACCACUUGGCUGCUGCAGAUGACUAUAUUCAUUUUAUGGUUCUCUUUAUAUGUGCUAGGUGGUAUGAAGUAUAGGCCAAACUGAGAAUUGUUCAGAGUUUUUCUAAUAUUUUCCCUGAAAAUAAUUAGGAUGUAAAUUACUGUGUAUUUUAUCUGAAAAAUAUUCAGAGAUCAGAUUAAGAAUUUUUAAAUGCUUUCAGGUGUCUGUAUGAGAUCAUUGUAUAUUAACGUUGGUCAACGUGUGUGGGAUUAUUUUAUUACUAUUUUUUUUAAGAUCAUAAUAGCUCAUGUUAUUUGCUCUAGCCAAAUUUUUUUGCAAUUUUGAAAGUAAUUUGUGAAUAUUUUAUGCGUUUAUUAAAUUAAGCCCCGUUAAGUUUACAGGUUGCCAUUUUGCCUUUUAAUGUUUUCAUGAAUCUAAAAAAGAUGCAAUAAAUCAAGACAAUGAUGACCUGCAGAUUGGUUGAAAAUUGAUUGUUGCAUUGAAAGAUUGUGCAGAGACAUUAAUAUGCUAAAACAUUACUAAAUAUACAAAACCAUUGUGAUGCCUGACUACAUCAUGUAAAUAGGCUGAAUUCUAUGAAUCAGCAGUUUUUUAUAUACAUAUAAAUAUAUAUAUAUAUACAGAUAGAUAGAUAGAUAUUUAAAUGGUCUUAACAGGCUCUGAACAUAUUUUAAUUUAGUAAAGCUCAGACACCAUGAAUUUGUCCCUUGUUUUUUUGGGACAGUAAUUUUUUGCCUUCAGUAAUUCAGCUUUUUCUUUCGUACUAUAUGAAUUUGAUGAUGUAGUAGGCUUAGAUAAUAUAGGGUAAAAAUCUAUCAGAAUGUGGUUAAAAUGUGAAUGGAGAAGUUUCUGUUAGCACACAACAAACAGCUUCCUGUUUUUUUUUCUACAGUAAUUAGCUGUGGUACUUGAGGCAUAACCUCAUAAUACUGUCCUCUGCCAUCAUCUGAUGAUGAAGGCAUGAGGAAGCUGUUUAAUGUUGUAUUUAUGGCUAUAAUAUCAAAGGGAAUGGUCCUGAAGGGGUAUAAUUUUUUUCUACCUAAAAUUGAAAGGUUCACAAAUGUAUUUUUACAAAUGCAUGCAGAUUUUAAGAAUCCAUAGGUUGCAAAUGUCUCCUAUGCAUGUCAUUUCAGUGGCUGGAGUUGCAAGUGCAAGGACUUUUUUAGUUUGUAAUAGUGAAAGCUUGAUGAUGUUAUUAUAGAGAAAGGCUCUGAGCAUCGUACGUAACAAUAAGCAUUAAUGCAGAUAAAAUUUGAUAUUAUUGUCUUAAUACAGCUUUGCCUUUAUAACAGCAAGAGCUGAAAUUACGUGAACAUUUUUUGGGUCUAUUUUUAAGUUAAUUGGAGCCCCUUGCCACACACACGUUUGUGUUUUUAUAUUUGACCAAUUUUUUUUUCAGUAUAUAGAGGCAAAAAAAAAUCUGUAUGAAUCAGUAUGCAAUAAUAGCGUCCUUGCAGGUUUUUUUUUUUUCUUUUCUUUAAUUUAUUUAUUUAUUUUUUUUCUUUAAUUUUAGUGGAAAAGUGCCUGUUGUGAAUGGUGCAGUAGUUCAUGUAAAACUACCAAAAGGUUAUUUGGGUUUUGUAACAAUAAAUAUCUGAGGUUUUUAAACUGAUCUUAUAGAUCUGGUUUGAAGAUGUCAGGUUUU